AUGUCGUCCAUCGCUACAAAGAGGCUGAAUAAGGAGUUGAAAGAGCUGCUAGAUCCCGAGAAAGGUCCUCCAGUCGGGAUUAAGGUAUUGAAUACCGAUGACUUGAAGGUCUGGACACUUUCCAUCGAAGUCCUAGGCGAGAGCGUAUAUCAGGGCGAGAUUUUUGUUCUACGAUUCACUUUUACAGACCGAUAUCCUAUGGAGUCACCAGAGGUAGUUUUUGUGGUGAAUGAAGAGUACCAAGCGCCCAUUCAUCCGCAUGUGUACUCCAAUGGGCACAUAUGUGCCUCUAUCCUAGGAAGCGAAUGGAGUCCCGUAUUGAACACAUCUUCGUUGAUAUCUCUGUACACCGGCUCAAUGGGCAAAUCUGAUGCAGAAGAAGGAAAGGCAAGUGAAGUGGCCGCUUGGAUGUGGAGACAACCUGAUUACCAGUCUCAAAGACCCGUGGACAACGACCGCUACGUAAGAUCAGCACCCCUGUCUCCUAAACAAACCCGUUUCCACUAUGAUGAUGACACCGUUUGA